GUAAAUGUCAGUAACGUUAAAUUUGACAACUGGCGAAUGAAUCAGUCAAGUUGAUCGGGAAUCCAGCUGUAUUAUUAAUCGUGACCCUGUAUUAUUAAUUUUUGUAACUUAUUGGCAGCAUGGAGCUCCCAAAGUCUUGUGAUACUUUUGUGGUUCUACCACCCCUUACAAAACACGGUGUUGUCUUUGGAAAGAACUCUGACAGGCCCCAAGGAGAAAUACAAGAAGUAGUUUACAUUCCUUCAAGUGAAUCUGCAGAUCCUGUAAAGUGUACUUAUAUCGAAGUAGAAUCGGCAGGCGCAACCAAGGCUGUCAUUCUGAGUAAACCUAACUGGAUGUGGGGCGCCGAAAUGGGAGCGAACGAAUGCGGCGUUGCAAUUGGAAAUGAAGCGGUGUGGACAAACGAUAACGACGGGGACCAUGACCCACAUGUGAAGAGACUUCUCGGAAUGGAUUUAGUAAGGUUGGGCUUGGAGAGAAGCUCAAGUGCCACUGAGGGUUUAGAAGUGAUAACUCGAUUAUUAGAAAAGUACGGUCAGGGUGGUCCUUGUUCUAAAAACGAUUCCGGGUUUGCUUAUCAUAAUUCAUUUCUAAUCGCUGAUCCUACCACUGCUUGGGUGCUGGAAACGUCCGGGAAACAUUGGGCAGCUAUUCAGGUCACCAGUGGUUAUAGAAAUAUUUCAAAUGUAUUGACGAUUACGACCAAAAUAGACAAGAAAUCUGACGGGUUGGAAGACUAUGCUAAAUCCAAAGGCCUGUGGGACGGACAGGGAGAGUUUAACUUUUGCGAAGCGUUUAGCGGUGAAAAGAAACCUGGAGAUGCCAGAUACACCGCCGGCGAACAGCUGUUGGCCAAAUUCACAGCCUCGAAUAACUUCAAGGAGACCGAUAUGUUCGGUAUUCUUCGCGACACCCAGUCGGAGAUCUGCAGGAGCUGCGAGGCCCCGUUCCCUACCCAGGGCAGUCAGGUUUCGGUACUUUCCGCCUCUCGGCCAAGCGUUCACUGGUUCACCGCCACCCCGGAUCCAUCCAAGUCCGUUUUCAAGCCUUUCGUUUUCACCAAAAACGCGACUAUCUCCAAACACACCCAGAGCCCAACGCCUGAGGAGCCUCACACUUUGUACUCCCUCCAUUCCGAGGCGAUCAAGAAGGGCAAUCAGGUGCAGGAGUUGCUGAGGAACAUGGAGGCGGAGUGCGUCGAGGAAUUGGAGACCGUGAUAGGGAACGUCGGAGAGGACCUUUCCGAGUUCGACGAUUUGCUCAAGGAUUGCGUUGAGACCGAAGUUAAAUUCUACCGUUAAUGCCCCUCGCCAAAUAUUUACAGGGUGGUCACAAAAAAAGCAACAAGUUUUGAUUUAUUUGAUGAAGGUUAAAUCGUUUUUUGGACCACCCCCUACACCGUAGGCAGCGCGGUUAUGAUAUAUAAGUACGAUUUAAGUUGCUUAUUAUUGGUGUACUUGCGUCUUUAAGGGAACGUAGAUCUGGAGGCGACGUUCAAGGACGGCGCUGCGGUACUUAAGGUCUGUGGUGUGCUUAGUUGUCGCUGUGUGGCAAUAAGACUAAAUAUUUAGGCUUUUCAACAUUAGAAUAGUUUUAAGUAUUUGUAACGGGUAGGUUUGUAUCGUCGGUACCGUGACGAGAAUGUCUCGGAGGUCUCCGAUUGUCGAGGAAUAACCGGAAGGAGUUGGAUGAAGAGUGUUUGUGUUCAACCGUUGUCGGUUUUACAUUUUGCUUGCAUUAAUGUGUAACCGGUCGCUUUUCUUUUAGACUGGCAUUGUUUUUGCUUACGGUAUUUCAGCGAGCGUUAUGUUUCGCAGAGAGGUGCUGCCCAACCUUUUGAAGAACCUCCGCGUAAAGAGAAGAGCUCUGUUCCAGCCGUCAAGGUUAUUACUAACGUAAUUUGACGAAAGUUGCAGUGAGAAUACCGCUGAUACAGCCACGAAGAACCUUUACACGUUGAUCUGCAUACACAAAACCUAAAUUCGUUCGUGAACAAGACACGCUUAUUUUUCUGCAAAAUUAAAGCUUGUUGAAAUGCUGUAAGUAAAAAUGGCUAGCUCUGCGUCUAUUUAGUUUUGCGCAGGAUUAUUAUUAUCUGCCAAACGGACUUUAUGCACAUGCAAUGUUGGAACAUGUAAUUAACUAAGGCAAAUUGGUUCGUCUACCCUUUGGGUUGCUUUUUUGUUUGCGUUGGCAGCCUGUUUUUCAUUUUGUGAGGAAAGUAUAAUGCAUCUGUUUAAGUCUAUGCACUUAAAUCUAUUUAUACAUUGUGAUAAUUUAUUGUUAUUGUUUUAUAUAUUUACUCAAACUAUUAAUAUUUUAUAAUCUAGUAAAAUAUUUUUUAGUUUUAAUUUUGUGUACGGCUUGAGAUAUAAGCUUGUGGAACCACUGUAUUAUUAUGUCUAAUGAAUAUUAUUUGCACAUUCCACUGAAAUAAAUGAAUUUAGCAUGAAA